CAUGGUUUAAAGCGUGCGGUGUACAACAGUGGGGUAUCUAUUACUGGCGAAUAUGAUGGGCGACAAUGAGAACCCCCCUCCCCCCACGUCGACUGAUUCUGAGGUGUUGGCACGUUUGAGGAGGUCCGUCAUUGGUAGAUGGAGACCCCCUUCUUGCCAGGGAUCGAGCACAGCCACUACAUCCACAGGCACUUCCUCUAUUACCUCGAGUCCAUUCACUGACACGCAGGUGUCCCCCUCCACCCCACGUACUACGCCAUCUGGCCCUUGUACGUCAGCAUCUAGGGCGGGGGAGAGUAUUGAGGAUCAGGAGGAUGGAGUUGGCGAUGACCAUGACUUCGAGGACUGCUUUGGCGAGGGACGCAGUGGCGGGGCGCGUGAUGGUGAGGACGAGGUCCACGAUAAUGUGGACCAACAGGGUGGAUAUCACGAGGGUCCCGGUCAUCACGGUCAGUUCGUGUAUGUCAAUUCGGAUGACGAGGUUACAAUCACUAGAGCUGGUGCUGCGCUCAUCACACCAGCAUUCUACGAGAGGACGGACGCGACUGGCUUUUCGUGGGGCAAAGUCUCAAAGACGACGAAGGAGUUCUACUUUCGAGAGUUCAAGAAAAAUGCUCGAGUGGAUCCGUCCAUUGAUGAGGGCAUGCCGAGGAAAGCUUUUCUCAGGAAAGCUGCUGAACGAUACGCGAGUUAUACGUACAAUCAAAGGAACCCAACUCGAUUGAAAAAGAAGAAGAUGGACCCUCGGCCACUUGAGCAGUUGAAGAAGGUUUGGGAAGAGGAUCCAGAGUUUUUGGAGUUGAGACAUGCUGAGCUACAGGCACAAUUCUUCGAACUGCGCGAGGAGGCUAGACAAAAUGGACUUAAAGUCACCGACGAAGAAAUAUGGUACUCGCUAGUCGAGGGCCAUAACGCAAAGAACCGUGUUCCUGGAUUUGGUGACUAUGCACGGGAAAUGAAGAAGAUCAAUCCGUCCUCCAAACCUUGCCGUUCCAGCACUAGUAGCAGCAGCGCGGCGGAGAUGGCAGCACUUAAAGAGCAAAACCAAAGGCUGCAGGAACAACUUGAUAAUCUAACCUCAAACUUGUCGCUGACAAUUCAGGAGGAAAUAAGGAAGUUAUAUGGUGGAUAUUGGCUUCCAUCGAUGUUAGGGACUUACCCAUCGCUGGAAUACAAUCAGCAACUCCAGCCAUCACAGAUCUCUACUAAGGUGUGGAAUUGGAGAGAGGUUUUUAGGGGCUUCAUAGUGGGACUGCCAAAAUCUCAGGUGAUUCCAAUAACCAUCCUCAACUUUGAGCUGUUUGGAAGAAACCCGAAACAGAUGCAUGUUAAGAGAAUUUGGGAUCCAGGUAUCUCGGCCCUUCCCAAGUUCUAUCCAAAGAGGGUGCAAUGGAAGCAACUUAGACAAACUGAAUGGAUCAACACGCAUUUGGAAACCUACCUCAGGGGGAUGUGCUUCCACAAUCCAAAGCCUUGCUUGUCUGGAGAAACUAAUGUGAAGAUAGUGGACAGGUCCUUACAGCAGGGGGAGGAUAUAGCUAUGUUUAACCAAUUGAAAUGGCAGUUACAAAGGGCACAAAGCCAAAUGCAGCUGUUAGCCAGCCACUUAAGUCCAGUAAAAGAUGGGGCUUGCCUUUUGGGCCUUUUUCAUGUUAUUUCUAAAGAGGGAAAGGUGGUCUACAAACUUCAUCUUCCACCCAAGUUUAAGACUCACUCUCAGCCUAAAGCUAAUAAGAAGAUUUCUGAAAAGAGCAAACACAGAAGGGGUGCCGUUCUAGUGAGUUGGCAAGAGAUUCUAGUUGAUGAAACAACGUGGGAGUGGUCUGUUGAUUCCAUGAAGAAGUUGUUGGAUGUCCCUGUUGAGUUGCGGUCCGCGGAGAGGGUGGCUUCUCUAGCUUCGAAAGUGGGUGAACCGAUUUGUAGUGAUGGUGUUGCUAUGGAAACCGGUGUUUGCCGUGUGAUGGUGGAUUUGGACCUCUCUAAGAAGUCUAUCAUGUCCUUCCCGGUUCGCUUCAAUGGGAAGUCUUACACUCAAGAGGUGGAAUACAAGGACAUGCCACAUUAUUGCUACCUUUGCAAGGAUUUUGGCCAUAGCCCCUUUGAUUGCAAGCACCUACUCGCCAUUCAUCGGAAAAAGUGUCAAGAGAGCGAGUGGGUGAGCUUUGAAACAGCCCCUUUGAUUGCCUUGGCAGCUUUGAAAUGGCACUCUGCCCAGCCGGUGGGUGCCAAGGGAAUCACUUCGGGAGACAGGGAUAAUGCCACUGCCCGGGCCACUGUGUUGGCCAAUCUUGCUGCCCGAAAGGUUAGCGGGAAGGCUGCCCGGAAUGCUGUCAUAGCUGCAGAUUUAGUGGAUGCCGAUCCCAAGGCAAUCCCUAUGGAGGCCCAUUGCUCAGGUUCCAGUGAUGAUUUUGUUGUUGUUGAAGGAGAAAAUAACACUGAGAGGAAUGGUUUCCAGUUCACUCCCCCUACGGCUGCCGUUCCAAGUAGGGGUAGCCGCGAGGGUCGCGGGAGAGGUUGUGGCAGUAGAAGAAGCGUCUCUAAAGAAAACCAAGAAUUGGUCAGAUGGUUGAAAUGAUGGAAAUGGAGAGCCAUGGUGACCCUUGAUUCAAUUACUCCCUCCGUCCCCCUAAGAUCUUCUCGUUUUGAUUUUUUGCGGUUUUUAAGGAGAGUUGAAAAAAGGUGAAAGUUUACCAAAAUACCCUUAAUGAAAAUGGGUGGGGUGUAUUAAAUAAGGUGGAAAAGGUGUAAUAAAUAAAGUAAGUGGGG